AAAUUAGUGACGUCAGACUACCGCCACGUGAUUCGUUCCUUUCUUAGGUCGCCAUUGAGGCAACGCACACAGCUUUGCAGUUGUCCGGAAGACUCUUAAACAUCUACCAUGGUAAGCCUUUGUUGUGUAUGACAUUAAAUUAAAAUGUUGCUGGUAUUAAUAGCUAUGUGAUCACCAAAUUUCGUGAUUAAUUUUAAAUGAUUUUAAUGCGAAAUUCAUGGAUAUAAAAAUAGUGCUUCACGCGUGAUCAUUGAAAUUUCUCAACAAGUAUCCAUGACUUGGUAAUUAGGAAUCUUCGCACUACCUCAAGUUUAUUAAAUAAACCAUAAGCUAUAUAUGAUGUUUGACAUGUCUUAUUGUGAUCAUUUUUACUAUUUUCAAUAAAAAUUAAUUAUUCACUUAAUGCGCAGGUUAACUUUACGAUUGACGAAAUUCGGUCCAUUAUGGACAAAAAGAAGAACAUCCGUAACAUGUCGGUUAUUGCCCAUGUCGAUCACGGAAAAUCAACUUUGACCGAUUCCCUUGUAUCCAAAGCCGGAAUUAUCGCUGCCUCCAAGGCUGGUGAGGCGAGGUUCACUGACACCCGUAAAGACGAGCAAGAGCGUUGUAUCACUAUCAAGUCAACCGCUAUCUCCCUUUACUACGAAUUACCCGAAAAAGAUUUGAAACUUGUCCAACAACCAAGAGAAGAAGGAAUGAACGCUUUUUUGAUCAAUCUUAUCGAUUCUCCCGGCCACGUUGACUUUUCAUCUGAGGUUACUGCCGCUCUCCGUGUUACCGAUGGAGCGCUUGUUGUUGUUGACUGCGUAUCAGGUGUUUGUGUGCAAACUGAAACUGUUUUACGUCAAGCUAUCGCUGAACGUAUUAAGCCAGUUUUGUUCAUGAACAAGAUGGAUUUGGCACUAUUGACACUUCAAUUGGAAGCUGAAGAUAUGUACCAAACUUUUCAGAGAAUCGUUGAAAGCGUUAACUGCAUCAUUGCUACUUAUGGAAGUGAAGACGGUCCCAUGGGCAACGUACAAGUUGACCCAUCCAACGGAACUGUUGGUUUUGGUUCUGGUCUACACGGUUGGGCUUUUACUUUGAAACAGUUUGCCGAAAUGUACUCCGCUAAAUUCAAGAUCGAAGAUGUUAAAUUGAUGAGGAGAUUGUGGGGAGAUCAAUUCUACAAUGGAGAAGACAAGAAAUGGAACAAGUCAGGAGGAGAUGGUUUCGAACGUGGAUUCUGUAAAUUUAUCCUUAAGCCAAUCUACACUAUCUUCCACUCUUGUACGAAGAAAACCAAGAAAGAGGCUCUUGGCUUUAUUGAAAAAAUGAAUAUAAAAUUGACUGUCGAAGAGAAAGAACUAGAAGACAAGAAAUUAUUGAAAACUGUCAUGAGAAAAUGGCUUCCAGCUGGUGACGCUCUAUUGCAGAUGAUAACCAUCCAUUUGCCAUCACCAGUUACUGCACAAGCUUACCGUACAGAAUUGUUGUACGAAGGUCCAAUUGAUGACGAAGUUGCCGUCGCUGUUAAGAAAUGCGAUGUGAAUGGACCUUUGAUGAUGUACAUCUCUAAGAUGGUACCCACAUCCGAUAAGGGACGUUUCUAUGCUUUUGGUCGUGUAUUUUCUGGCUUGUGCAAAACUGGAGAAAAGGUCAGAAUCAUGGGCCCCAACUUCGUACCUGGCGGAAAAACUGACUUGUACAAAAAGAGCAUUCAACGUACCAUCCUUAUGAUGGGAAGAUACGUCGAACCAAUUGAAGAUGUACCCUGCGGAAACAUUUGUGGUUUAGUCGGAGUCGAUCAAUUUUUGGUUAAGACUGGUACCAUCUCAACUUUUGAGCAAGCCCACAACAUGCGUGUCAUGAAAUUCAGCGUUUCUCCUGUUGUAAGAGUAGCCGUAGAGCCAAAAAAUCCAGGAGAUUUACCAAAAUUAGUAGAAGGAUUAAAACGUUUGGCUAAAUCUGAUCCUAUGGUUCAAUGUUCAAUUGAAGAAUCCGGAGAACACAUUGUUGCCGGAGCUGGUGAACUUCACUUGGAAAUCUGCUUGAAAGAUUUGGAAGAAGAUCACGCUUGUAUCCCGCUAAAAAAAUCUGAACCAGUCGUUUCAUACAGAGAAACAGUAAUUAAAGAGUCAGAUCGCACCUGUUUGUCAAAAUCUCCCAACAAGCACAAUAGAUUGUUCAUGAGAGCAGCUCCCUUGCCCGAUGGACUUCCCGAAGAAAUUGAUGAAGGAGAUAUCAACCACAAACAAGAAGCCAAAGAACGUGCCAGAAUUUUGGCCGACAAGUAUGGCUUUGAUGUCACUGAAGCAAGAAAAAUUUGGACUUUUGGACCUGAUGGAAGUGGACCCAACAUGGUUGUUGACUGUACUAAGGGAGUUCAAUACUUGAACGAAAUCAAGGACAGCGUCGUCGCUGGUUUCCAAUGGGCAACGAAAGAAGGUGUUUUAUGUGAAGAAAAUAUGAGAGGAAUCCGAUUUAACAUUCACGAUGUCACUUUACACGCUGAUGCUAUACACAGAGGUGGUGGUCAAAUCAUCCCAACAGCUCGUAGAUGUUUAUACGCUUGUGAAUUGACCGCUGAUCCACGUUUGAUGGAACCUGUUUAUCUUGUUGAAAUUCAGGCACCAGAAGGAGCUUUGGGCGGUAUUUACCCAACAGUGACAAAGAAGCGCGGUCAUGUAUUCGAAGAAACUCGUGUCGCUGGAACACCUAUGUUUAUAGUUAAGGCUCAUUUACCUGUUAAUGAAUCAUUCGGUUUUACGGCUCAGCUUCGUUCUCAAACUGGUGGACAAGCUUUCCCACAAUGUGUAUUUGAUCAUUGGCAAGUAAUGGGAGGCGAUCCUCUUGAUGGAAAAUCUAAGCCAUUCGACAUUGUUAUGAGUACCAGAAAGAGGAAGGGUCUGAAGGAGAGCCUGCCUAAUUUGGAGGACUACUUUGAUAAAUUAUAA